AGCGUCCAUUUUCCAUGUCUUGGCGGGUGCCCGCGCUCGUGUUCCUGUGGCUGUGGCUCGGCUUGGCGGCGGCCUCGUCGGAGGUACAGGUGGCCGGCAAACAGCAGGACCCUCCAACCAGUCGCUUCGCCUACGUGACAGUGCACUACGAAGGCACAGCCCGCGACGCAGAGUAUGUUCUGGGCGUACAGGUUAUGAUGCACUCGAUCAAGCUCACAGGCUCGCCUUACGAUCUGGUGGUGCUGGCGUCUGAUUCAGUCUCGGAGAAGAGCAAAGCGUUAUUUCGCUCUAUGGGCUGCCGCGUACUGGACGUAACCAACAUCGACAAUCCCUUCGUAGGGGGUACGCUACUUAACAAGGGCUUCAUCUACACGCUUAACAAGCUGCACGUAUGGAAUAUGCUUGAAUACGAGCGCGUGGUGUACCUGGAUGCCGACAACGUGCUGAUCCGCAACUCAGACGAGCUCUUCUUAUGCGGAGAGUUCUGUGCCGUGUUUAUGAACCCUUGUCACUUCCACACGGGUCUACUGGUGGUCACGCCUUCGGCUGCGGAGUAUCAGCGACUACUGAGUGCUCUGGGUCACCUUGAGAGCUUCGACGGAGCCGAUCAAGGUUUUCUAUCGUCCAUGUACAGCAAAAUGCUGCGUAAAGCAAAGCUAUUCACGCCCAUGAAGUCGGCGUACACUGGUGUAGACUUGGAAGUGAAGAGAUCGGAGCCCGAACCUAAAGGUAUGCGACUACCAGUGGGGUACAACAUCAACCACAAGUAUUUCUACGAACAGUACCAUUGGAAACUCUUCUACUUGCGUCAAUUUGCGUCCAUGACGUCACCUAUUAGUCCCGUGAAGGUGGUAGUGGAGUCUGCAAGACCCAUUCCAGCACUCACGGUCGGAUAUCCCAUGGCUUCUGUGCUCAAGCCGUGGUAUUGGUGGGCUGGAUUUUUCAUGGACUUACACGCUGUGUGGCACGAUAUUCGCGCGACGUUGCCAGCGUCACAGGAGCAUUACGGAGGAGAGGAGGCUGUGAAGACGCUGCUGGGCUUCUUCAGCUCCUUAGCGCUACUCACUGCUGCGCUGUAUGCCCUAAAGAUCACGUUACCCAUGCGUCAGAUCCAGCGGCGAUGCACAGACUUGGCUAUGCGUAACAGCAAGCAGGCUCGGUAUGCUUACAAGGCGUUCCGGAUGGCUCUGGUGGUGUUUGCCUUCCGUAUCGCUCCUGCACGCGUGCAUCCAUUGGCUCCUGUGAAUUAUGGCUACGGACUGAUGAUCUUCAUGAAUGUAUUCCUGCACAUCUACUUCGUCUGUGUGAUCUCCAACUUCUGGGAUCCACAUCAAGAAGUAUCAAUGCCACCAGUGCUCUACGUGACGCGGUUCUGGCUCUAUGUUGCAGUUACGGCAGCAUUCGAGGUAUUCGUGGUCUGGUUCAGCACAUGGAACGUGUUCCCGAACGUACUCUGGAGACUGUUUUCGAUCUUCUGCUCUCUCUUCCUCUGCGCGUACUGGCAGGUGACGUACUACCGCGUUACACUCAACGCCGAGUAUGGAGGCAAAAAGGAGCGACUUCGUAGUCUCUAG